GCUGCCAUCUGGGAUGACGGUUGAGAGCGAUGACACAGAAGUAAUCAGCGGCUCCGGUGACCAAGUGGUAGCGGUGGGCGAGCAGUUCCAGUGCCAAGCUCCCGGAUUCUACGAGUUCGAGGCCGACUGCAUCCACUUCUACCGCUGCGUCUUCCUCGACUCCGGCGAACUGACCACGCUGCUGUACCGCUGCCCGGAGCGCUACGUGUACAGUCCGGAGCGCGAGCGGUGCGCGCCGGCCGGGCAGGCUCAGUCCUGCGCCAAGGACGCCACGACGCUGCUCAGUCUGCGCGCGCCGCCCAGCCCCGAGGACGUGCGCGUCCUCUCGGAGGACGACCUGGACUGGUUCUUCGCCCAGGGGGAGAAACAGGUGUACAGGUUCAGGUCGGGCGCGGCUGCCGGCAGGCCACACCUCCGCGCCACCGGCGGAUACCGGGAGAUGAACGGGUACCGCCGGGCGCGUGGCCUGUUCUAGAGCCGGCUUCCGACUGGCGGCGCUAGUGCUGCCAUCUCUGGGCCGCCUCGGCGAACAGCUGAGGCCGGCCUGGUCGACAGCACCGGACGACCCAUACGCGGUCGUGUUAUUUGUUAGCGCGGCGCCGACGAGCGCGAGGGCAUUGUCCGCCCCGCGGGGCCACAAACGUUAGGGCAUAGUGGUCGAGGCAUUCGACUUUCUUAUCAAUGUACCCAGACUGGUGCCAACUGUUUUAGUGUAUGUGCGUGUGCGCGCGUGUCCCCGACUUGGCCACGUCCUGGCCAUCGCCAUGUUCUUUAUGGGCCGUUGCUCACGCAACAGCAGCCAAUCAACAUCGCUCCAGGGUGCCGCGGUGCGCACAGGCUACACGCGAGCGAUCAACGCCCCACUGGAAGACCCCGUUCGGAAAGGCAAC